GACCUGCACCUGACAGCAUCUGUGCACCCUGAUCCUGCUGCACCCCAAACCAGGAGGGAUCUGCAUCCGAGUGCAUCUGUGCACCCUGAUCCUGCUGCACCCCAAACCAGGAGGGAUCUGCACUUGACAGCAUCUGAUUACCCUGAUCCUUCUUCACCCCAAACCAGGAGGGAUCUGCAUCCGAGUGCAUCUGUGCACCCUGAUCCUGCUGCACCCCAAACCAGGAGGGAUCUGCACCCGACUGCAUCUGUGCACACUGAUCCUGCUGCACCCCAAACCAGGAGGGAUCUGCAUCUGAUUGCAUCUGUGCACCCUGAUCCUGCUGCACCCCAGACCAAGAGGGACCUGCACUUGACAGCAUCUGAUUACCCUGAUCCUUCUUCACCCCAAACCAAGAGGGCCCUGCACCCUGCAGCAUCCCUGUGCCUGUUGCGGCCGUGCUGUGGUGCGAUGGAUAACGCUCUGCCACUGGAAGAGGAGCUGAAGCACUUGGAGCUGCUCAAUGCCUCCCUGAACGAGUCCUUUGUGAACCAGUUCGUGCAGCCCCCGUGGCAAGUGGCCCUGUGGGCUGUUGCCUAUGCCCUCAUCGUGGUGGUGUCGGUGGUGGGGAACGUGGUGGUGAUGUGGAUCAUCCUGGCUCACAAGAGGAUGCGCACGGUCACCAACUACUUCUUGGUGAACCUGGCUUUUGCCGAAGCCUCCAUGUCUGCCUUCAACACCGUGGUGAACUUCACCUAUGCCAUCCACAAUGAGUGGUACUAUGGGCUGCUCUACUGCAAGUUCCACAACUUCUUCCCCAUCGCUGCUGUCUUUGCCAGCAUCUACUCCAUGACGGCCAUCGCCCUGGAUAGGUACAUGGCCAUCAUCCACCCACUGCAACCCAGGCUCUCAGCCACCGCCACCAAGGUGGUCAUUGGCAUCAUCUGGCUCCUGGCUUUCCUGUUGGCCUUCCCCCAGGGUUACUACUCGGUGAUGGAGGAGCUGCCGGGGCGGUUGGUGUGUCUGGUAGAGUGGCCAGAGCACAGCACCAACCUCUAUGGGAAAACGUACCACUUCUGCAUGACCAUCCUGAUCUACUUCUUGCCACUUCUGGUGAUAGGAUGUGCCUACACCGUGGUCGGUAUCACCCUUUGGGCGAGCGAGAUACCCGGUGACUCCUCUGACCGCUACCACGAGCAGGUCUCAGCCAAGCGGAAGGUAGUGAAGAUGAUGAUCAUUGUGGUAUGCACGUUCGCGCUGUGCUGGCUGCCCUACCACAUCUACUUCACCCUGCAGUAUUUCAACCCUGAGUGGUACCUGCAGAAGUUCAUCCAGCAGGUCUACCUGGCUAUCAUGUGGCUGGCCAUGAGCUCCACCAUGUACAACCCCAUCAUCUACUGCUGCCUCAACGAUAGGUUUCGUGUGGGGUUCAAGCACGCGUUCCGGUGGUGCCCAUUCAUCAGCGCCGGUGAGUACGAGGGCCUGGAGAUGAAGUCAGCCAGGUUCCUGCAGACACAGAGCAGCAUGUACAAGGUGAGCCGCAUCGAGACCACCGUGUCCUCGGCGGUCGGAGUGGCUGAAGAGGAGCUGGAGGAGAGCAGCAAAGCCAAGCGCCUCUCCAUAGACAUGACCUCCAAUGGUUCCUCCCGCAGCGACUCCAAAACAGUCUCUGAAAGCUUCAGCUUCUACUCCAACACCCUCACCUAAGCAGCUCCCCAGCUCCAUCAGCCACUCACAAGGAUGCUCCAGUGCUCAACCCACCCAGAGUCAUCACCCAGUUUGUGAUGUGCUGGCUGUUCUCUGUGCUGUUUUGCUGUCUCUUGCCAUGGCUAUCACUUGCCAUCCUUGGGAGAGCCCAAGAGCUUUGGAUUAGCUUCAUGUUCUCCACUGUGGCUCGUGUUCCAACACAAGGGAGGUUUGGCUGGCCUCUGCCUUGCUUGCUGUCCGUCCAACCACCGCAGGAUGCAGAACUGGGACAGAGCUGGGUUUUCAUCCUAAACCAUAAGUACAACACUGGCAGGUCUUUCCCUGCUCGCUGCAAGGCAGUAGGGAUCUCCCCAGGCAUCCCACCCACAGCAAAAUGAACCAGGCUUGCACUUUCCUCCUCCCACCUUUAAUUUCAUCCUCCCUGUUGAAUAAUAGGAGGGAUAUUCAAUUAAAUCCACCCCAAAAUGCUGUUUGCAGCUUCAGGAACCUGCACAUCCGCAGGACACCACUGCCCACUCGAUGCUUCAACUCGGAUCCAGGCACUUCUGCACAGGCUCAGCUCAUCUCCAGCAUCCACAUCCCUCUGCAUGAUGCUCUUCUGUUGCUGCUCCACACACAGAGCUCAUUGAAACAGGGCUCUCAAGAAGGAUUUCUGUCCUGAGCCAGACUUUGUUUGCCAUUAAUCAACCAUAUGUGCCAAAUGCAAUCACUGUGAUGUCCUCAAAGGCCCAAGGCGAUGGCUCUGGGAUUUUGGAGGUCUGUGGGGUUCUGAAGAAGAAAAGAGUGACCAUAUCAAAAUGCUUUUCACCAUCUGGAAAUGUCUAGAGCUGCAUAGAAAGGUAUGUGGAAGGACUCCAUCAGAAUCAGUUUUUGACAGUGAACAGGGUUUGGAGACAAGGAUUCUGCAGUUUUUCACUCAGAGGAGGUUGAAAUUAUUCACUUCCACUUCCUGGAUCUGGUUUGAAUCAGGAAAACUAUUUUUCUUCUCAUCCCCUUGUCUUUUGUAUUAAACAUUCCGUUUACGGUGUGUAUAUGGAUGUACCAAGUAUUUUAGCCAUGUUAUGAUGGAUAAUCUUCACUGGGGCUGUUCAUACAAAGAGCAAACAUACAAAUAGACAUUCCAAAGGAGUAAAUCAAAGGAGAAGUGGGCAAACUUGGCUUGUUGAGAACAAACCCACAAGUCUGGGGGCAAUUGGGGACAGUUGUAUUGACUGCUCCUGGCUGCUGGUCCAAUCUCUCACUUGUGGUGGAGAAAUGAGAUUCCUGGAAUGGAUCCACUGCAAGACAGAACACUGCAGAUUUGCAUAGGGCAAGGGAACUGCUCAUUCAUUUUCCAUCCGCUGAACAUCAGACCCUGCUGAGCACACAGUAACUCUGGAAGUGAAGCAGUGAUGACUUCUGAGCAUUGCAACUCUUCAGCCUCCAGCCUGGAAGAU